GGUCGAGCAGCGAUACACUUUGCGGCAGGCUCAGCUAAAGAUGACAUGAUGAAACUAAUGGUUCUCAAGAAAGCUGAUGCUACCAUUCACGGAGGGGAUCUACACCAGCUCCCCCUACACAUAGCAGCAUCACGAAGCAGCGGAGGUCUUUCAUUGGUCCAGCAACUCCUACGCAUAUCAGGCAAAGAGGCGCGACUCGCUAAAGAUGCGGAUGGCUCAAUACCUCUCUUCCUAGCUGUCCUGGCAUCCAACAUCGCUGUUUGUAAAGAACUGCUUUCAAACUUCAAAGAGGAUCAGUUAAAACAUUCAAGGGACGAGGAUGGGGAUACGGUCCUUCAUUUAGCCUGUAGAAAGAAAGAUCUAGAUAUCAUUAGAUUAUUUGUUGAUAAUGGAAGUCCUGUUGAUAUUCAAAAUCAAGAUGGCCAUACACCGCUUCAUAUAUCAGCCAUGUCUGGUGACGAGAAUGCCUUGAAAUACCUGUAUCAGAUGAAAGCUAAUCCAAAUAUCUAUGACAAGCUUGAUAGAUCGCCUUUGCAUAUAGCAGCCGAGAGCGGUAACACUGGAGUUGUCGAGCUCCUCGUUGAUAAAUUCAAAGCAAAUGUCUCUGCUCGAACAAAAGAUGGCAGCACACUCAUGCACAUUGCAUCCCAAUGUGGUCAUCCGGAAACUGCUCUGGCAUUUCUUAAGAAAGGAGUUCCUCUUCACAUGCCAAACAAGGCUGGUGCAGUUUGUUUACAUGCCGCUGCCAAGAGAGGGCACACUGGUGUUGUCAAGGCGCUGUUACAAAAGGGAGCAUUAGUCGAUGCUAGAACAAAGGAUAACUAUACAGCUCUUCAUAUAGCAGUCCAGCAUUGUAAACCAAUGGUAGUUCAAACGUUACUUGGCCAUGGGGCUCAGGUUCAACUAAAAGGAGGAAAGGCUGAAGAGACACCUCUCCAUAUAGCAGCCCGUAUCAAGGAAGGUGAGAAGGUAGCUGAGAUGUUACUCAAGAGUGGUGCUGAUGUUAAUGCUACUAUGACGAAUGGAGAGACAGCAAUGCAUAUAGCCUGUCGACAUGGUCACAUCAAGAUGUUACAGGCUUUAUUAGAAGAUGGAGCUGAUGCUGUCUGCUUAUCUAAGUCAGGUGAGAAUUCCAUUCAUAUAGCAGUGCGUCACUCCCAUCAUCCCAUCGUAAAGUUACUCAUCGACUUCCUCCAUAAUGAUAUGUCAAGAUUGGAUGCUAUCAUGGCCGUCAAUGAACAGAGUUCGGAAGGGGAAACCCCUCUUCAUUACGCUGCUGAGAUCACCCAAGAGAUGAUCCAUUAUCCUGGUGAAGAUGCUGAUAUCGUCAAACUGCUUCUUGAUUAUGAAUCUGACAUCAAUAUCAUCACAAAACUAACCCAUGAGACCCCAUUGCAUUACUGUGCCCGAGCUGGGAAUGCCAACAUCCUACUCAAAAUGGUGGAACACCUUGGACCAAACAUGACACAACUAGCUGUUAAUAAACAAAGCAAGAAUGGUUGGUCACCUUUACUAGUAGCUGCUGAAGAAGGGCAUGAGGAGAGUGUGAGGAUACUACUACAACAGAAUGCAAGAGUGGAUGUCUUUGAUGAGCAUGGUAAGGCAGCGCUUCAUCUAGCAGCUGAGAAUGGCCAUCAGGUGGUAGCGGACAUCAUGCUCUGGCAUAAAGCUUUUGUAAAUGCCAAGUCAAAGAUAGGAGUGACACCCCUUCAUCUAGCGGCUCACAAUGGUCAUAAUGAUUUGGUUAAUCUCCUCAUUCACAGUCAUGGGGCUGCUAUCGAUGCUCUCUCAUUGGCUAAGAGAACUGCCCUUCAUUUGGCUGCUCAAAACGGUAAACUACAAGUGUGUGAGACUCUGCUCAAGCUCAAAUCAGACUCCAAUGCUGCUGAUAUAAUCAAAAUAGACGACAUUCAUGGACAAACACCUCUCCAUCUAGCAGCAGAGAAUGAUCACGCUGAUAUUGUUAAACUUUUCCUUAAACAUAAGUCAGAACUUGUCUCUAUGGCUAAUUCUGAGGGUAAUACGUGUGCUCAUAUAGCAGCUUCCAAAGGGAGCGUUGCUGUCGUCAAGGAACUAUUGAGGUUCAACAGGAGCGGGGUGUGUGCUACCAAGAAUAAAACAAAUGACUCUACAGCCUUACACCUUGCAGCUGGUGGAGGUCAUAAGGAGGUCGUAAGGGUUCUCUUAGAUCAUGGAGCAUCACCAACAGAAGAAAAUGCUGAUGGUAUGACAGUAAUCCAUCUCGCAGCAAGGAACGGCCAUGUUGGAAUCCUAGAAGCUUUGAAAGGCAAGGUAUCGUGGAAGGCACCUAGUGUUAAGAUUGGUCUUACCGCUCUGCACAUCGCAGCUCACCAUGGUCAGAUUGACUUUGUACGUGAAAUGCUUCUCAAAGUUCCCGCUACCAUCCGAAGCGAACCUGCCUCGGAACACUGCAGUAUCAAAGAAAUCUUUGCUCAAGACCAUGGUUUGACACCCCUUCACCUAGCUUCUCAUUCUGGUCAUGAAGGUUUGGUUCGUUUGUUACUCAACUCAACAGGAGUACAGCCAGACGUCCCGGCAGCAAUACAGGGCACCAUACCUCUUCAUCUUGCUGCCCAGAAUGGUCACACUGCAGUUGUAGGUCUACUUCUCAGCAAGUCAACAACACAACUACACGUCAAGGACAAGAGAGGGCGCACUGGUCUUCAUCAAGCUGCCGCUAAUGGUCACUAUGAUAUGGUAGCUCUUCUUCUUGGUCAAGGCUCAGAUAUAAAUACUUGUGACAAGAAUGGAUGGACUGCUCUUCAUUUUGCAUCUAAGGCUGGAUACCAAGAUGUAGUGACCCUACUGGUUGACAGUGGAGCUUCCCCUAAAUUUGAGACCAAGGAUGGGAAAGUCCCUAUUUGUUUCUCUGCUAGUUCCAACCAUCAUGGUGUUCUAAGCUACCUGAUGAAGAAAGAUCACAAUACAACGCACCUCAUGGAUGAUAAGAAGUUUGUGUUCGACUUGAUGGUAUGUGGUAGAUUCAACAACAAUGCUUCUGUCCGAGAGUUUGUUCUGCGAUCACCAGCUCCCAUCGACACUGCGGUCAAGCUUGCCAAGAACUUUAGACAUCAAUCUGUGAAAGAGAAAGAGAGGGCCAGGGAUCUUCUGGAGGCUUGUUCAUUUUGUGAGACAAUGGCUGUGGAUCUUAUUUCAAUCACAUCAAGCACCACUAGUCCUGGUGUCUUGCUCAGGGCUGUAGAUGAAAGGAACAUUCCAUUCCUCGAUGUUCUCAUGGAAUGCCAGCAGAAGGAUGUCGUUGCUCACCCAUCAGUCCAGAAGUACCUCUCAGAUGUAUGGGUGGGUAAUCUCAACUGGGCCAGCUGGAAGAUAGUUCUACUCUUCUUUGUCCUGGUGAUAUUCCCUCCAAUUUGGGUCUUCUUCUCACUCCCGCUGAAACACCGCUUCAACAAGCUUCCCAUCAUUAAGUUUAUGACAUACCUUGUCUCUCACAUCUAUCUUAUCAUCCUUCUCAUCCUUACGACUGUCAUUACACCAUUCAUAGAGAGCUUCAUUGAAAACCCGAGUCUCGUACCAACCUGGUAUGAAUGGCUUCUUCUCCUGUGGCUCUCUGGGUUGUUGGUCACAGAGGUCACCAACCCUGGAGACAGACAAGGGCUUGGUUGGAUACGUGUCAUCAUCCUGGCAUUUUCCUCCGUUGCCUGCAUGCUGCAUCUGGUGGCUUUACCGUUUGACGACAACACCAAGCGACUGCUGGUCUACAUCCGCAACCAGUUCUUUGCCUGGUGUGUCCUCUUCUGCUUCGCCCACAUCCUUGAGUUCUUGUCCUUCCAUCAUCUGUUUGGUCCUUGGGCGAUCAUCAUCAGAGACCUUAUCAAGGAUCUUGUCAGGUUCAUGGUGAUCCUUCUCAUCUUCUUAGUUGGAUUCAUGCUUCAUCUUGCUGCUGUCUACCAACCCGUCUACCCUAAAGCAACAAACAGCACCGCUGCGGACAAUAUCAUCCAGACCCCGGCAGACACCUUCGCCAUUCUUUUCUUCUCGCUCUUCGGACUAGUCGAGCCUGAGGCCUUACCGGCCAUCACUCGGCACCCGACCUUCACCUUGACUCUGAUAAAGAUCGUUUUUGGUACAUACCUGAUUGUGACUCUGAUUGUUCUGAUCAAUCUGCUCAUUGCUAUGAUGUCUGAUACCUACCAGCGUAUCCAAGCACAGUCCGACAAGGAGUGGAAGUAUGGUAGAGCUCAGCUCAUCAGGAAGAUGAACAAGACCUCAGCAACACCAUCACCGCUUAACCUCUUCACCAAGCUCUACUGGUAUAUCAAGGCAGCAUUUAAACACAAAGGUAAAAUCUGCUCAGCCCAAGUCCGAGAUCUGAUCAACGAAGAGGAGGAGCUAGAUGCACUCUCAGAUUCCAAAUCAGUAGACAUGUUUGGCCAUUCCUCACAUUGGCUUCGGAAUGUUGUCAGGAGGAAUACUCAAGUUGCUCCCGAAGAUGGCUAUCUACGUCAGAACCAAAAUGACGGUCCAGUCAGGAUCGAGAACAUUGUGGACUGGGACUCGGUGGUCCAUCGCUAUCUGGCUAUCAAAGGUCAAGAAGAGGAUGGUGACCUUGGAAUGACCUUCGAUGAGGAGGAGAGGUCACAUGAUAUCAAAGUGACCAAUCAGAAUGAACACACUCCAAAGACCAAUGGCAUCAAAUCUAACCAUGUUGCAUGAGGUCACAUGAUGGAGGUUAACCAAUCAUGAUAAUAGUUUUUUUAUAAGUCAACUUGGCAAGAUAGUGUUUCUCGCCAUCUCGACAAGUUGAUAGCACUGUACAGCUUCCGUACGGUCCCAUGCAUACAGUGUUCAUUUUUAGGCAUUGAUAUUGUUGCGCAAGGAGCUCCGAGCUCUAGCCAGGGCCCUUUACCAUUAAUGUCACUACUAGCGAAAUUACCCUAAUGUGAACAAAGCUAUUAUGCAGUGUGUCAUCCAAUCCAACUUGGCAUGUGGUUAUUCCUGGAAAUGCCUUCCUGAUAAUAGUUAUUUUCAUCAUUUUGUGGAUCCCUUGACUAGUAAAGAACAAAAUAAAAUAGUUGUCAGAAGAGCUUCGAGCAGUUUAAAAAUUGAUUUGUUCAAAAUGAGCAAAGAAUAAUUGAUUUGUUCAAGAUGAGCAAAGAAUGAUUUAUUUGUUUGGAUCAAGUGAUUUUUCUUUUCAUAUCUAAUUCCUCCUCCUUCGCGCUCUCUCUCACUCGCUCUUUUUCUUUCUCUCCUUUUUUUUGCUUGUAAAUACUUUGAUCUGACCAAUAAGCGAAAACAGGUAGAAGAUAAGAAAAUGUAUUCAACAAAUGCAAAUUGAAUAUAUCAGGUGUGUAUGAGCUGAAUAAUUAAAAUGACAGAUGAUGAAUUUCACCAAGUGUUGUAUAACUAGGUCACGAUUACUUUCAUAGAACAAAACAAUUAUGCAGGUAAAUGAUGGUUAUGAUGUUUAUUGAUUUAAGAUAAUAUGCUUGAUAUGAUCAUGAAUCUGCAUAAAUUUAUGCAAAUGAGAAACUGUAAUUAUGCAUAGAAGAAAAUAUGCAAGAUUUAAUUUUGAUAUAUAUAAUGUAAAAAGAAGGAUAUGCAAUAUUAUUUUUUUGCAGCAGCAAAGUUUAUAUUUGUGCAUUUAUGAUUAUAACUUCCAUAGCAUGUGUAGGAUUAAGUGUUUAAUUGAUGUUAUUCAGCUUUUGUAUCUAUCAUAUAUUUACAUAUAUAUUAUUAUUGUAUGCUGCUUCUGUACCAGCUUUAUGUGAAACAAAAUGUGCUCUAUUUUUAUACAAGUUAUGUAGGCGUAGAAUAGGCAUGGCAAUGUAUAAUGUACUUUGUGUAAUUUAGAAGUAAUUAAGGUUUCUCAUGGGAAAUUAUGUGAUGGUAGCAUUUGGCAUCCCAACAAUGUUUAUUUUGGAAUUGAAAUAUAGUAUGUCCUUAGUAAUUUAAUUCAGGCUUGUCCUAGCGAGAUAUCCGCACUUUAUCCACUCCUUGGGUUGCAGUUCAGUAAGAUGUACAAGUUCAAUUUGCAAGCAUACAUUAAUGAAGUUUGCUUUUGGAUGAUAUUCAUUUCAAAUAAUUUUUUUUUAUUGUUAACCAUCAAGUCAAUUUCAAAAACAUGAGUAGUUGGCAUAUGAACUGUUCUUAAAUGUAUUGAGUUACUUCAAAUAUUGCUGAAGGCCAAGUCCACUCCAACAAUAGGUUGAUUCAAUUUAAAAAGAACAAAUCAAACAAACUUAUGACUGAAAACUUCUUCAAAAUUUAAACAUAUAAGAAUGGUAUCGAAAUUUAGAUAUUUCAAUAUGAUCGUGAAUAAAUUUUGUUGAUCGCGGUUGGACAGCAGUAUAAAAUCAUCAAUAUUGAAACUUGAUAAAUGGAGAGAUUCUUUAUAAUCAAAUCUAUGAAAAUUAAAAUACUGAAAUUUCAUAUAAUGAAAAGAAUAGUAUUUGAAAUCAUCAGCAUUUCCAUUUACAAACUGUAUCACAUUUUGUGUGAAGUUAUACAAAGUUUUAAAAUGCCUUUUUCCAUCCAGUCUGAUGAAAAUGGCAUAGUUUUUUCUCUUUAUUUGAAUAAAGCUAUUGUUGGGUUGAACUCUGCUUUUACUGUGGCCUUAACUGUGUUAAAGAUUUGUCAGGUAAAAUGUAGUGAAACAGUAUUUUUGUUGUUAUUCGUUGUCUUAAAUAUUAAUUAAGAGCAAUGACUCUUGAGGUAUCAUAUGUGUGCUUUUUAGAAGGUGUAUGCCUCCCUUUUCUUGCCUUAUAAACAUGGUCAUUCAUGUUGUUAACUUUUGAAUUUGUGAUCUUUAAAGGAUGUUACGGAAUCUACACAUCAGUAAUACUGUUCCAAGAAAUUUGCUCUAGUGUAAAAGAUUUAUUUAUUUUAAGUGGAAUAUUAACACUACAUCAUGCCGUAAAUGUAAUACCUUAAUACAUUAACCUAAACAUAAUCAUUCUAACUUAGAAGAAAAGAAUUGGAAAGUUAAAUGUGCUGGACCCCUGUUUCAAUACAAUAUUUAUGUUCUUUCUUGAUAAUUUAGUAUACUCUAUGUUACUCUUUCCCCUUUUGAGAGCAAGAUUACCUCCUCUUUUGCAGUUAUAUAAGUUAGAGGGUCUUCAUUUAAAGGACCCUGCACAUGUUCACAUGGUAAGUCACAUAAUAUACUGUAUAGAACACACACAAUCAAAUUCUUCAUUACAUCAUGAAACGUAGAAAUGAGGAAGAGUUGUAAUUUUGAUGACAACUAAAUCAUACUGUCCUGUCUUUUCACAUUAUGAAUUCUUUUGAAUAUAGAAUGGGUUCAGUGGCGAUGCGAAUGCAUCACUGGCCAAACUUGACCCUGGUAUAAUGUUUGUUUCACCCCUUCAAAGGUUGUUUUGGAUGAUUUUUAAAACAUUGUAUUUUGGAAUUUAGAAGUAAAUUUAGGCGCAUGCCUGACCUUUCCUUUAUUUAUUGCAGAUGAAAUAUACAAUAUGCAUCAUAUUAUUCAAAGUAGCUGUAUGAAACAGAAUGUGCAUCUAAUCCGUUGCAUCUACAUAUUAUGUAUUUGAUAACAAAUUCCUUUAAAUGAACAAAUAAGUGCUAUAUUAGAAGAAUGCAGUCUAGUAGAGUGUUUUUCUAUAAAGAUCUCUUAUAAUUUUAUGGCUACCAAUUAUUCAAACUAGUGGCUAAACUUAUUGAUAUAAAAAAGUGACUACAUGUUAUAAAAAUAAAAAUGGUCUUGCCCUUAGAAUAUCAUAAAUAGCGCCAUAUUGACUUUGAAAUAACCAUGCAGCCAUAGUAAAUAAAAUAUUAAACUUUAAGUGUAGAUAGUAGGAUGUCUUAUUUAUUGCUUAGCAAAGUAGAGUAUUUUUUUUUGUGAACGUACAAGGCCAGUCGUACAAGACAAAGUGAUCUUAUGAUCCUGCUAUUAUGUCUAUGAUUUUUCCUUGUCUCUAUUACAAUGUUUACAUGGUAUAUGUAUAUCUAUUAAAUAAAUUGUCAAAUUAUAA